AUGGCAUUGGAAAUAUCUCGUGUCUCUUUUGAGAAUCAUCGUUCCGCCCUCGGCAUUGCAGAAGCGCAACCACGUGUUUCAUGGCGAUUUGGAGGCGUUGCUUCCAACUGGGUGCAAAGCUCCUACGAACUUGAAAUCAACCGCGACGGGGCAUCAGAAGUUUACAACGCCGUCUCAGCUCAGUCUCUUUAUGUGCCUUGGCCUGGCCCUCCCCUCAACGAGGCCGAACCCGCUUCGGUCCGGGUCCGCGCGCAUGGGGACAAGACAUCUACUCCCUGGUCUGACUGGGUUUAUGUUGAAACAGGUAUCUCUAAUGAGACCUGGUCUCGCGCUAGCCCUAUCACUUCAACCCACGAGUUCGACACAGACAAGCCCAAAGUACCGCUUUAUUUUCGGAAAGCUUUUGAUAUCUCAGAUGAUAUCCUCUCAGCUAGGCUCUACAUUACAGCCUUAGGGCUUUACGAGGCAGAAAUCAACGGGCAGCGAGUCGGUGAUCAUGUUCUCGCUCCCGGCUGGCAAUCCUAUCAUCACCGCCAUGUCUAUGAUACGUACAACGUGACGGAGCUACUACAGUCUGGUCAUAAUGCCAUUGGUGCUCUUGUUGGCGAGGGUUGGUACGCGGGUCGACUCGGAUUCGGUGGAGGCAAGCGCAAUAUCUACGGCGAUGCUAUCGGGCCUUUAGCAUUGCUCAAGAUCACUUUGAAGAACGGUAGCACACAAUGGGUACCAACCGACGACACUUGGAAGUCGACUACCGGGCCUCUUAUCUCGGCGGAAAUCUACGAUGGCGAGGAGUACGAUGAUCGUUUAGCCUCAGACUUGAAAGGUUGGUCUACGGUCAGUUUUGACUCUGAUGGGUGGGAGGGAACUCGUGAGCUUUCGCCUCUGAAAGGAGAACUUACUGCGCCCGAUCAACCACCAGUCCGUGUCAUUCAAACCGUCAAGCCGAAGAGCUUCUUCAAGUCUGCCUCAGGCAAAACCCUUGUUGACUUUGGCCAAAACCUGGUUGGGCAUCUCCGCAUCAACGUGACGGGCCCCAAGGAUACCAACAUCACGUUUCACCACGCAGAAGUGCUUGAGGAUGACGAACUGGCUCUCAGACCCCUACGACAGGCUGCUGCCCGCGAUGUGCUUAUUCUAAGCGGUGACGGUCCAGUUCAGUGGGAGCCCAGAUUUACAUUUCACGGCUUCCGUUACGCCCAAGUUGACGGUUGGCCCGAGGAGACGCCCCUUGACGAAAACUCAAUCGUGGCAGUGGUCGUUCAUACGGAUCUGGAAGAAACAGGGUUCUUCGAGUGUUCCAACCCCCUCCUGAAUCAGUUCCAUUCCAAUGUCCGUUGGUCAAUGAAGGGAAAUUUCCUGUCGAUCCCGACUGACUGUCCUCAACGGGACGAACGGCUCGGAUGGACGGGAGAUGCCUAUGCUUUUGGCCCGACUGCCAACUAUCUUUUUGAUACGGCGGGGUUUUGGAAGGGCUGGCACAAGGAUAUUUGGUCUGAAAUGCAGGGAAACCGGAUGGCACCUCCCGUCUAUGUGCCUUCGGUCCCCGUCAAUUUAGGAGGUUACUUACCAACCGCAAUCUGGGGGGAUGUGGUUGUGGGGAAUCCCUGGAACACCUUUACAGCCUUCGGUGAUGAAGCUCUCCUGGCCGAAAACCUGCCACAGGCACAGUCGUGGAUUGAUGUUGGCAUUCCUCGCAACCAAGAAGGACUUUGGGACCCAGAGCCAUUCCAGUUUGGAGACUGGCUGGACCCGCUGUCGCCAGCAGACAGCCCCGGCAAUGCUACCACUCACCGUGUACUUGUUGCCGAUGCAUAUUUGGUCAAGAUGACGGAGAUCAUGUCGCAAAUAUCCGAUGCUUUGGGGAACCAGGACUUGGCGAAGAACUAUACUCGGCAACAUGAUGAUCUCAAGCAGGCAUUCGAAGCCGCGUGGGUACCAGAUGGAGAUCUUGCGAACCAAACGCAGACGGCUUAUACCCUUGCUCUUGAUUUCGACCUCCUUAAAGACAAGCAAGUACGUACCAAUGCCGCUCAGUCACUCAUCCGAAAAAUCAAGGACAACAACUACCUCGUGGGCACUGGCUUUGCCGCUACAGCUCGGCUCGGGUUCGCGCUCAAGAGUAUUGAUUCGAUUCCUGAUUUUUAUCGAAUGCUCCUACAGGAGAAGGUCCCCUCCUGGCUGUAUCAGGUUGUUCAAGGCGGCACGACCACAUGGGAGCGCUGGGAUAGCCUUCUAGCCAACGGCAGCGUGAACUCAGGGGAGAUGACGAGCUUCAAUCAUUACGCAUUUGGCUCUGUUGCUGAUUGGAUCCAUAAAGUGGUAGGAGGCAUUGCCCCAGCUGAGCCAGGCUACAAGAAGAUUACUAUCGCGCCAGUUCCUGGUGGGGGUAUCGACAAGGCCAAGGCCAGACUGAUUUCUCCUUAUGGAGAGAUCGUUACGGAUUGGAAGGUUAAGAAUGGUCAUUUCGAUUUAAAGGUUAUCGUCCCGCCAAAUACGCAGGCCGAGAUAAUCCUCCCUGGCCCGAAAGAAAACUCAAGGGUUGUUGGCUCAGGAUAUCACAAGUUUCGUGUUGAGGGUUUCACCCUGCCGCAGUGA